GGUCACCAUAGGAGCGGUCGACACAGGAGUUUUAGGUGUGGACGCGCACCUUCGGACACGGUCCCCUAAUUACGCAGCACAUAUAAGAUCGCAGCGUCUUUCGCUCCCUCGAUCCGUCUCUCACCUCGCAGAUUCACUUACACACACACACACACACGCACACGCGCGCAUACACACACACCUGUGUCUCACACAUUCCUUGACGCGUCGACUCAAGCACAGCACCAUGACGUCCAAAGUCUCCUCGGGCUCUAUGGACUACUCCCAUCGACCGCACAAGCCGCACCCGAGGGACGAAGAUCUGUACGAAUAUGUGCUUCCCGAUCUCACCAUAAAGCAGGUUCUUGAUGCCAUCCCGGCUCACUGCAAGACCGUCUCCACGUACGAAGGCAUCAAGAUGUGGAUUCGAGACUGGCUGAUGGCAUACGCUGCCUACAGAGCGUUCGUCUUUCUCGACGCAGCCUUGGCCAGCACUUCGGCCUCCUCCCUCCCUACCAAAGUACUAGCGGGCACACUCCUUCUCUCCGUCAGGAUCUUCUAUGCUCUUCUACAAGGCACCAUUGGCUCGGGCAUUUGGUUCGUCGCUCAUGAAGCCGGUCACCGUACCUUGACCACCUCAAAGACGAUAAACGAGAUCUGUGGCUUCAUCAAUCACAGCUCUAUGCUCAUACCUUACUGGGCAUGGAGAAUCGUGCACGCUAAUCACCACGCCAACACUGGGCACAUUCACAAGGACGAAAACUAUAUUCCCCGUACUCGCCAAGAAAAGGGACUCAAGCCUUUGCGACCUGCACCCGUCGACGAGUUCUCACCUCCACUGACUCCUACAAGCGCUGAUCGAGCCUCGCUUUCGGAAGAUGAGCAUGACGGCAGCUCCUCGCAUUCCUCCUCCGUCACUGCCGCGGAGGACAUUCAAAUUCAUCACGCCAUAAAGGAGCCGAGUCUCGGCGAAUGGCUUGCGGAAUACGCCGAGGAUGCUCCCAUCUUCAAUUUUGUAAACAUCUUUAUAAUGGAAGUCUUCGGCAUGCCCCUCAGCCUGAUUAUCAACUUCGGUGGUCAGAGAAAGUACCCGUAUGGCACCAGCUACUUUUUGCCUUCGUCUCAGCUGUUUAAAGAGAAGCACAGGCACCUGAUCAUCCUUAGCAACCUCGGCGUUGCUGGCAUGCUCGCAAUUUUGGCGAAUUGGAUUCGGAUCAGCGGCUGGAGCCACGUCUGGUGGGCUUAUUUCAUGCCUUUCCUCGUGACGAACUUCAUCGUCGUCAUGCUCACCUACCUGCAGCACAUAGAUCCAGAAGUGCCUCACUUGAGCGAAGAGGUCUGGACAUUCUCUCGCGGCGCUCUCUGCACGGUCGACCAGUCCUUCUGCGGUCCGAUUGGUGAUUGGUUCACGCACAACCUGUCCCGUUAUCACGUCGUGCACCACCUCUGCAGCACAAAGAUCCCUGCACACCAUCUGGCAGAGGCGACGGAAGCGGUCAUUCCUCUGCUUGGCAGACACUACAGGUUCAGACCAGAGAAGAACCAGCUCAAGACGCUCUGGCAGAAUGUGGCAGCCUGCAAGACGAUUGCCAACAAAACGGAUCCCGUCAUCUUCAACCUCGAUGCAAACGGUCACGCCCGGGCCUUCCACGCCAAGUCGAAAGCAGACUAGGUCUCGCAGUGACAGUUGGCUCGCUCGUCUUCUCGCUGUGCUAUACAUUCCGACGCGCUUCCACUCUCCUUGACCUUGUCAGAAGACUGCAGUCUCUGAACCUUGC